UGAUAGUUCGAAGUUCGUUCGAAGUAAUGUAAACACGUGUGUACCUUUAACCUCAUUUUUAAAAGGUUUCGAAUAAAUUCUGCAAAGUUUAAUUGCAUGCAAUGAGUUUUUUUAUUGAUUCUGGAGACGGAGAAAAUAUACCGACGAACAGUGACUUGAUAAUAAAUACCACGUGCCCACCUCCAGAAAAUGAAGAUCCUAAUACAACCAUUAAGGAAAUGUUAUCUCAAUAUAAAACAUGCUUAACACCUUUAAACUCGAAGUUGAAGUCGAAACAUAACAGCAUGUUUGAUACGUUCGCUAUGGAAAUGGGAUGGUCUGACCAUGUAUCAAGAAGUCGCAAGAAAGAAAAAGAAGUUAUUGACAUAGAUACUUCACAAACAAGACGAAAUGUGAAUGAUUUGUUAAAUAAAUCAGUACUAACACCUGAAUUUGAAACUUUAACUCAAGUUCCUCCAUAUGAGGUUGCAGAAACGAGACUUAGAUUACAGCGACAAAGAGAACGAGCGAAAACCAAGGGUGCAAAAUGGUAUGGGUUACCUGCUACGGAACUGACAAAAGAAGUUAAAGAUGAUCUUCAGAUUUUGCAAAUGCGAUCGGUUCUUGAUCCCAAACGAUUUUAUAAAAAGAAUGAUUUAAGUGUGCUGCCAAAAUAUUUUCAGAUCGGAAAAGUAAUGGACUCACCACUCGAGUUUUAUAAUAAUCGAUUAACCAAGAAAGAGAAAAAGGAGACACUAGUGGAUGAGUUAUUAGCAGAUGCCGAAUUUAACAGAUACAAUAAAAGAAAAUACAAAGAAAUAAUUGAAGAGAAGCAAGGUAAAGCUUGGAAGCAAGCAAAAAAAAGAAGGCGAAAUAAAAAUAAAAGUAAAUAACCCUAGAAAUAACCACAUUCUUCUGUUCUGUAUUGUAUUUACUUGAUUUGAAAUAUUCAAGUGGACGCACGUAGUCAUAAAAAAAUAUAAUAGUAUUAGUGACAUGUGCACUUUUACUGAUAUAAUAAAGAAAGUAAGCAAAA